ACUUUAAGUCAUCCUUCAACUACUGCAAUAAAAAAGUAUAAUAAUAUUGAAAAAAAGUAAGACGUAGCUCCAAGGCUAUAUAAACCCGUAGCUCCACGACCGCGCAGUGUGCAAGCGGCCGAAUUACUGUGAGAAAAAAACUGGGUGUUCGUAAAGUACUCACUGAAAAAUGAGAUCACAAAACUUUUCCUCUAAUUGGUAAAUGCUUUGCUUUCUCGAUUUUGAUUGGACAGUUUUUGCUGUUAUGCACAAAAUGGUAUGCGUUUAGAAUACAAUUAUUGAAGUUUAGGCGGAAUGCGGCAUUGCAUGGCGCAGAUGUUGCGCUGUUUGGGGCGUCUUUUCGAUUAUUUUAUGGAAUAGGUUGGCACGGAAUCUCGAAUUAAUAAUCAGUUUUGUGAAUAGUCGAUGAUUCAGAGCUGAUUCAAGACUGAGUAAUGCUGCCUUUUAUUCCCUGAGUGGUUUUCUGGCCAUUUGCAUUUGAAUAAGUGUGAAGCAUAUGCGCAGAGCCCGAGACUUAAAAAUUCAGCAUGUUACCUGUGAAAGGGGUGUCUAGAGGAGCUAAGAAUAAGGUCUGCAACUGGUGUCUAGAGACCAAGACAUCACUCAAGUAUGUUCUUCCCACUCAGACAAGCAAGAAGGACUUUUGUUCAGAGCUAUGUUUGUCUGAAUACAGGAAGGCUUAUAACAAGAGCGCCUGUGUCCACUGCGAUGACGUGGUGCGCGGUGAGCCGGUGCGCGAACAGACGGACGCCGGCCGCUCUCUGCUGUUCUGCUCGGCCGACUGCCGGGCCCGGCACCAGGCGGCGUCACCCUCCUCCACACUGACCGCCGGAACCGGCAACGGUACCACACACAAACGAGGUCACCGUCCGUCGAUGGCGUCGAUGGCGAUCGCCGAGGCGAUCCAGCAGUUCGACUGGGAAGAGUACCUGCGAGAGACCGAGAGUAAGCCGGCGCCGCAGGCGUGCUUCAAGCAGCGCCACACGCCGCCCGCCAACGAGUUCCAGCCCGACAUGAAGCUGGAGGCGCUCGACCCGCGCAACGUGACCUCGACCUGCAUCGCCACCGUGGUGGGCGUGCUGGGGCCGCGGCUGAGACUGCGGCUGGACGGCGGCGACAACAAGAACGACUUCUGGCGGCUGGUCGACUCGAACGAGAUCCACCCGAUCGGCCACUGCGAGAAGAACGACGGCAUGCUCCAGCCGCCGCUCGGGUUCCGUAUGAACGCCUCCUCGUGGCCCAUGUUCCUGCUCAAGACGCUCAACGGCGCAGAGAUGGCGCCCGAGAAGGCCUUCAAAAAGGAGCCGCCCACCCCGAGCAGAAACUACUUCGAGGUCGGCAUGAAACUGGAGGCCGUCGACAAGAAGAAUCCGCAGCUCAUCUGCGCGGGCACCGUCGGCGCGGUGACGGGCGAGAUGAUCCACAUCACGUUUGACGGGUGGCGCGGCGCGUUCGACUACUGGUGCCGGUACGACUCGCGCGAUAUAUUCCCCGUCGGCUGGUGCAACCGCAGCGGACACCCCCUCCAGCCGCCCGGACAGAAAACGGCGGCCGUCAGCGCGCGGUACAAGGCCGCGCGACUCAGCGCGCCCCUGCCCACACCGCUCAGCACCGGCCAGAGUAACGGGGAGAGGGAGAGCGGGGCGGCGUCCCCGUCCCCGGCCCCGGCCAGCACGGCGGCGGCCGCGGCCAGCUCGCCGUCCAAACCGCCGGCCAUCACCGUCACAGAGCCGGACACGUCCUGUGCCGACUCCCGGGUGGCGCAGAGCUCACCCACAGUGUGUGUGUACGUGAACCACGGCUGCACGUGCGGCCCGUACCUGGACGGCUCGCGGGUCACCCAGCUCCCAGAGCGGUUCGGGCCGGGUAACCUGAACCGCGUGCUGCGGGAGUGUGUACAGGCGUGUGUGGACGCCGCCCAGAGACCGGUCAAGGUGCUGGGUCUGUUACCGACCGGCGACGGCAAGGUGCACAUCACAGCCGGCUCCGGGUCUGCCAACCCUCCCACCGUGCGGCUGCCGGCCAUGGAGAAGGUGACGCAGCUCUGGGCCUUCCUCGAGAACCUCGUCGAGGAGCUCAUGUGCUGUGAGAACUUCUUCACGGCCCAGCCGCUGCGCGGAGGCUGCAGCAAGUGCACCAAGGCCACGCUGAAGGCUGGGGGCGGCGGGGGCGGCACGACGCCGGCCCGCGCGGCCGCCGCCACCCGGCGUCAGACGCGCUCACCCGAACAGUCCCAGGAGCCUCCGGCGCCGCGGCGCGCCAACAAGCGCCGCUGGUCGUCCAACAGUUCGGACUCGCGCGCCUCGCGGCCCCGCUCCAGCACCCCCGAGACGCCGCCAGAGGAGCCGCCGCGAGCCAAGGCCCGGGAGACGACCGUCUGCGAGCCGGCGCCCGCUGCUGUGUCUGAGGAGGAGGAGGCGGCCACGUCCACCUCCGAGGCGGCCUCGCGCGGCGCCCUGCUCUCCGCCGACCCCAGCACCUGGAGCAUCGAUGACGUCAUCCACUUCAUAUCGCAGCAUGACGUCACAUUGGGCCAGUACGCCGAGCUGUUCCAGAGACAUGAGAUUGACGGCAAGGCGUUGCUCCUGCUGAAGUCAGACAUGAUGAUGAAAUACAUGGGUCUGAAGCUGGGCCCGGCGCUCAAGAUCUGCAACAUCAUCGCCAAGAUCCAGGGCGGCCGUCUGCGCCGGCACGGCUCGCUGUCGUAGGCCGGCGGCGGCGCCUGCUCCAAGUACCUGCACUGACCUCCGGGGGUGAGCUGUGGUGGCCUCCGAGGGUGAGGGGGAUGGCCCGGCGUCAGGCCGGUGUGAAGACAGUUCGAGUGGAGACGGACAGACGGGACGUGUGUUAGUGAGUGAAGUGUGUGGUGCGGUGAGUUUGGAGGGUGGUGAAACGGAGACCGACAGUGGUGGCUGACGGGACGUGCCGUCAGAGUGGGACACUGAGCAGCGGUGGGAGGAUAAGCGGUCACAGCUCGGCGUGGUGUUAAUGUUGCCGCCGAGCGAGCCGCUGGAGCGACACCGACGCACCCACCACCGGACAGCGAACCAGUCCGGUGGGCAACCACCUGAUCGGUUAGGGGUCUGCGCAGCACUGCAGUAAAUAUGUGACGGCGGUCUCACACCACCGGUAUUGAAACUACUGCAGUGGACUCUGGAGCCUGACCUCUGCUUGAUGAGCCGUGCGGUUGUUCCCUCACGAACUCGGUCAGUAUCGGUGGACGGGCCGGAGUAAGGGUAAGGCUGGGCGCCUGGAACUGGUAGGUGACGGUGCGGGGAGCCGGCGGCAGAGAGCGGGCGGCCAGGACAGCCGCAGGUAGCGGGCUGUCCCCCCGCCCUGCUCCGCCGUAUGUAUACCAGCGCGCCGCUCCCGCUGUGUGCUGGGGGUCACCUGUGAGCCGGUUAUCUGUGCCUUUUUGAGUUAUUUUAUGUGUAGUUGCACCUCAGUUACCGACCUGUUAGUGGCUGCCAGUGCCGCACUCCAGCCCACCAAUAGUGAUUCACUCGGACCUCUCCGCAAAUGCAUAUACAUUUUAUUUAAGCAUCUCAUCCAUCCUCACACCCCGCCUCGAAUGGCUGAGCCUGCACCGUUGAUCCGUGUUGUAGUCUCUACUGGCGCGGGCCUCCAGAUCAUAUGCGUCAGCCCUGUGCCAGCGAGCACUUUUGCCCAUCGCUUCGUUUGCUUGUGCUGACGGCCGAGUCGGUAUUUAGUUGCGUAGAAGCGUCUCUGUGGAUGUUCUGGGAUUUUCUGUUUGGUUAGUAUCCGUUUACGGGUUAGACAGUAGAGCCGUUGAUCCCCGGUCACUGACAGGCGUGCCGGGAGAAGGUACUGGUGUGGGGUUUCCGGGCUGGUUUGGUUUUCGGUUUCCAGAGUCUGCUCUGAGGGUUUGGUUAGUUUUGUGAUGGACCGGCGCUGAAGAAAGUGCCGGUCGUGUUUUGAACUGUAAGACGUUCUGCCUGGACCUGAUGAUCGCUGUGAUGAGUGCUAAACGUAAGGUAGCGGCAAGUGUUCGGCCUGGGCCUGAUUCCACGAUUUGUGUCAUCUGUUUUGAAUUCGUUUUCGAUGCGUCGACGGAAUAAUUCCUGAUUUUGUGAUGAAAGGUAACCAUGUGAUCCAAAGUGUCGACCAGAAAUGGCAUUGGUCGUUUUACUUUUAAGCGUAUCAUUCUCAAUGUCUUCGUUAGAUCAAAAGCUGAUUCGGGAGUCCUACCCUGUACCUUCGCAGUGGAGAUCAUGUCAAGAACACUGGUCCCUCUCAUAAUUCGUAAAGUAAAAAGUACAGACGCGCUUAGGUUGGGUCAUAGACGUAGCGAUCGUUGAUAGUGAGAAGCGUCGUUAUUUUUGUAUGACUGUAGCGCUGAUUUGGACGAGGCUGUGAGACUGAGGGAAUGUCGCGAUGUGGGUGUGUGCGUCACAGGAUUCGCUUUGGCCGCCAUAUCAGGUGGCUCCGUCGCGGCGCUGUGGACACGCGCGCCUGUUAUCGUUACAAAUGUGCCGGCUGUGCGCCCGUGCGCGCCUGUGUGUAAGUGUGUGUGGCCGCGCUGUGCGGAUCUCAGGGUGCGGGGCCGGGCGGUGCCAGCAGUACAACUCACUGAGGCCGGCCGAUCACACCUCAGCCGGCGCCGGCCGACGGCCCCGAGCGACCUGAACUGUACAUAUGUUAUCGUUUGGCGAGCGCAGACAGUGCAGAAAUACCUUGGAGACGUAGCGUUAGCGUAGAUGGCAAGACCAGCGCGGACAUAGAGGCCCAGAACUAUUGCAGGUGAUGAAAAUGAAAAUAAAGGUCGAUACCACC